AUGCUCCGACAAUCCUCUAGUUUUUCUUCCCUCGCCCGAUUAUCACUUUCCUCUCCUCGCCUCAUUCAUCCCUCUUACGCUCGUAACCUUCGAUUCCAGUCCACCUCACUCCCCACUCCCCUUCCAAAACAGCCCUCACGCGUCCGUCGCUUCGCAGGCUUCAUCUCAAUUGCCCUCUUCGCCUUCACCGCAGGCCUAACCUACAAAUCCUACCGCACCGUCUCCGAAAUAAUGGCCCAGCCCAUCCUCUCCGACGAGCAGACUCUGUCCGCCUACGAACCCGUCGACGACAUCACGCAGGAGAUCGACACAACACUACAAAGUCACCCCGAAGCCCUGGCACUUCGCGCAAACCCCGAAUUCAAAGAAUCGCGCCCCCACCUCAAGAUCCCGGAGGCUAUGCGCCCGCGCAGUCUGACAGCAGGUACAUUAGCUGGACCGGGCAAGAUUGUCGUCCCGCCUUACGUCUUCAGCGAGCGCGAUGGAAAGAGCCUCGUCUCGCUGAUGUAUCUUGGAUCGGAGAUGUGCGGACACCCGGGGAUUAUUCACGGAGGACUGUUAGCGACGAUUCUGGAUGAGGGUCUUGCGCGGUGCUGCUUCCCGGCUCUGCCUAAUAAGGUGGCUGUCACUGCUAAUCUGAAUAUUGAUUACCGGGCGCCGGCUAUGGCGAAUUCCUACGUGGCGUUGCGGGCGGAGACUGUUAAGGUUGAGGGUCGGAAGGCGUGGGUUGAGGGUCGGAUUGAGACUCUUCCCGUUGAUGGUAGUGAGCCGGUUAUCUUGGUUCAGGCCAAGGCUUUGUUCAUUGAGCCUAAGCAGGCUGCUGCCCUUCAGUCGCUGUACCGUGGCGCGAACGAAUAG